GCGCCGUCUUCGUCUCUCUUUCAUCGCGUAUGUGUGUAGCGUCCAUGAAGACACACACCGAUGUAUUGAGUACAGGGAUGCGAGAUGCGUGGAAGAUAAUGUCAGACAAGGAACGACAAGUUUUUGUACCUUGCUUUGAUAUAACUGAGUAUAUAAGACUGCUUCUUGAAAUAAUCUUAAAGUACGCCACUCCGCAAGACAUAAAAGAGACGUGCAAUUAAACUUGUGAAAAUUAUGAAGCCGAAAGAUUACGUUUCUUUUGACCAAUUACAAAAAUGCAAAGUAUCAAAUUUAAUAGACGAGUUUGAAGAAGAAUUAAUACAAAUGUCUGGAAAAUGUAUGGACAUCGGUUGUGGUCCCGGAGAUAUAACGAAAAAUAUCCUCUUGCCGGCUUUAAAUCCAAAUGCAGUAAUAAUAGGUACUGAUAUCUCGGAGGAUAUGAUCGAGUAUGCGAAGAAAAAUAACAGUAACGAAAGACUUAAAUUCGAAAUAUUAGAUAUCCAAACUAACAGUUUGCCUGAAAAAUAUAUUUCUGGAUUUGAUCAUAUAUUCUCAUUUCAUGCUUUGAAUUGGUGUUAUGAUAUUCGACAAGCGUUUGAGAAUAUUUAUCAUAUGAUUCGACCUGAUGGGAAUAUACUUAUGAAUUUGGUAGCAUCUCAUGAUAUAUAUAAUAUCAUAAAUAUUUUGGCUCGAGACAUUCGUUUUGCACCAUACAUACAAGAUAUCAGAAAUUAUGUUUCGCCAUUUAAUGAUUCAUGCUGCCCUCGUAAAGAACUGAGGAAAAUACUUAAAAGUAUCGGAUUUGAGGUUUUCCAUUGCAGUCUUCGUGAAACAACAUAUUCUUCUAAAGAUUUCAACAAUUUUAUUUCCUCGAUAAUAUCUAUCUAUCCAUUCUUUGACAAAAUGCCACGGGAUGUGCAAGAAGAAUUCAAGAACGAAUAUAUACGUAAAUUUGUGGAAAGGAAGUGUACUUAUAAAACAAUACAGAACAAUCAAAAACAAACGAUUAUGUUAGAUCUAUACAAACUCUUAAUAGUUUAUGCACGAAAAAAUGUAUAAUAUCAGCAUUGCAUCCUUAAAUCAACAAAUAAAAUUAAGCUUAAGAAAUACGAGGUAUAAAAAAAAACAGGAGAUUAAAAUUAAAUACAUUUAUUAAGAAUUGGAAAAUAAGAGCAAUCAAGAAGAUCCGUUAUCAUUCUGUAAAUUAAUAUCGUUUUUUUGCUAUUGCAUUUAUGGCAUGUACUAUUGAAUUACAUAACCCUACAUUCAUGAAAAUAUUAUAAAAAAAGCAAAUUAUUUCCAAUAUUUUAAUCAAUGGCUUUAAUCAAUGGCUUUGGUAGAGUUUUUUAAGAGUUUCAUUUUUUGUCUAAAACUUUUUUUUUAAAUCAAUGUUUUUGAAGAUAUAAUGUUUGAAACUUUGAAGGAGCACAGGGGGCAAACGGGGUCUCGUCGGCAAAAAACCCUCAAGGUGCUUUAUACUUAAGUCAAGGAUAAGCUUUGGUUAAAAUUUCAGCGCAAUCGGAGGUUUAUCGUUUUUGGAACUUUAAUCAAAGUUUAAUCAAAGUUGCCAACCCAUGUGAAAACGUAUAAUUAUAAACCUUGUUUCACGCCCGAAGCAUCAGGGCGAUAUGGAUUAAAUCUUGCUUCGCGCAGAAAGUUGUAAACUCAUAUGAAAUUGUAUAACUAUCAGUCACUGCGCGCGCUCCGUGUCACCAAGCCGGCGCGCCGAAACUACGCGCUCGCAUCUCCGAGCGUCCGCGCCACUGAACCGGGACCUUUAACUAGACACGUAAAACAUCGUCUAGACUCGCGUCACCACGACUCCUAUCUCAAUUUGGAUCAGCUGAUCAUUGCCGAAUAGAGGUAA